AUAAAGAAUACACUUUUUUACAAAAUAAACAUUGGCAAUCUUCGUUAUUAUUCAUAUAAUUAAUUUUGAAUUGAAUUACAGAGGGUGCGUUCGACGUACGUUAGAGCGUUGUAAGCGCUGAGGUAUCCCGUUUUGCCCCGGUCUCCCCUACAUCAGCGAAAUAAUGUGAGCUCGGGGAGCCAUAUAAAAGUGAGAAAUUUUGCCGAACUCGUCACACACCAUUCGUUAAUUCUACAAAAAACGAAGAGUCCGGUCAGCGCGCAACGUUUUCAAAAUGGAAGGAUUCCGAGCUUUUGCCGUUUGGCUUCUACUUCUCGGCGUCGUAGGGACGCUCGGCCAACCGCACAGCCGUGAUGUCGACAGUAGCGACGCGGAAAACUUCGACGAAACAAACGUCGAGAGGGCGCUCGAAAGACUCGAGCUUGUCCGACAGAUCGAUGAGGAACGUGGGCCACGAGUCGCCCGGGGCCUUCCGAGCGAUCGGAAACCGUUCAAACAUCCGACUGCCGAUAAAAUGAGAGCUGAUAGGAAAGAAGCGCAAAAUCAGAGAAUCCUAAAGGAGCAACAUGAGGAAGAAGAGGCGCAAAAACGUGAUUUAGAAGCGAAGAGGCAACAGGCGGCAGAACAGAAACAAAAGGAGCAAGAAGCAGAACGGAGAGCGCAAAUCGAGCGAGGGGUCAGAGUCGCGGUACAAAUGGAAGCGAGUGACAAUCUGAGAGCAGAAGAGAGAGCCAGGAAACGCGGACAGAAAGAAUUGGCCGAACGAGUGCAAAACGCGAACAAAAAGCGCAAAAACUGAAUGUAUUAUUCCGAGAACCGGUUCGUCAGAGUUCUUCGCAUUGUGUAGGCUUUCGAAGAACUAUUUUUUCCUGUUAAAAAUAAAUAUUAAUAUC